GGCAGCACUAACCCAUCAAUGCUCGCGAGUGGCGUCCGCCCCACAUGCCGCUUAGGUGCGAGACCGGCCCGGUCACUCGGCAGUCGGCUCCCUGUAGAGAUGGUACCGUGCCACGACGUCGUCCCGUCCCACCUCGCGUGCGCUAUAAAGCUCGCGCGCCCUCUCCUCAUCGAUCAUUCGCCAUGAUCACAGCCACGUACACAACAAACGCGGCCUCAGUCCUCACGCACAGUUAAAUCUUGAUCAGCGUAUCAAUCGCAGUAUCCAGCUCCCAUGGAUAGCAUCCACGAGGAGCAGCGGCCGCGGCGGCGGCAGCAGCAGCAGCAAGAAGGAGGAGGAGAAGAAACGGUCGUGGAGGUGCCGGAGAUGGACGGCGAGCUGCUCGUCGAGCUCCUGGAAGCGUCCCUCGCUGCGGAGGAGGAUGAGGAGGCUGUAGCGCAGAGGAAGCAGCAGCUGGGCUUCUUCACGGCCGACGUCGGCGACGGCUGGGACGGGCAGGAGCUGAUGAACUCCAUCCACCCGCACCAGGAAGAAGAAGGCUGCGAGGACUGCGGCCUCGACGACAUCCUCUCCGACUUCGACGGCGGCGGGUACCCGCCGGCGUCGUCGCCACCGUACCUCUCCGAGUUCUGGAUGGAGGAGAUGGACCACGCCACCGCGGGCCCGUUCGCUGUCGCCGGCGAGUGCCCGGGGGAGGAGUGGUACAUGGACGGCAUGGCCAUGGAGUGGGAGGACGGGAGGAGCUACUACUCGUUCCACUACCCGUCCUACGGCGCCGACGCCUCCUGCACGGAUCAACUGUACAGUAGCCCGUUGUGGGAGUGAUCAGUGAACUCCGGCUAGCUAGUAGCCCCUACGUUACGCGUUAGCGAUUAGUGCAUGGCCUUCGCUUAGACUCCAAGUGACUAGUACCACCACCAGGUUCCAGUUUGGUAGUUUGAUCUGCGUUUUUUGCCUCAGUUUUGCAAAUUUAGCGCGCUCUGAAUUUGCUGGAGAGAGCAUGAGUCCAUGAGUUUUUUUUUGUGUUAUGGUUUUUACCGGGCAAUUCAUGCCCUGUUUUUUAGGAGUACUUUCGCACGGUCGUCGCGAGUGUUGGUGUAUAUAGGUGUGUUGAGCUUUGAACAAGUGAUGUUUGGCAGUUUGGGUGUUGAUGUUCCUGUGCCGAUGCCUCAGUCUGUUAGUUAAAGUUGGUAAUCUGUCUA